UCUCUAUUUUCACCCUCCAUAUUUAAUAGAAUGUGCUGAUAUGAGCAGUUAGGGUCUGAUAUCUAGUUAACUCAAGUAAAAUUACACUUUCUUUUCCAAAUAUCAAUUUCAAUGUAUUGUUUACUGUUCCAACAAUUAAUAUAGGGGCAAUAAAUCCUAUUUUCAUUAAGUUUGCGGAUCUCAUAAGCAAUUACAAAAUGUAUGAAGAAAAGAUCUAAAAGGGUUAAUUAUAGUUAAAGAUACUUAAUUGAUCCUGAAGGAACAUUAAACAAAUGUAUUUCUGCUCAAUGACUGUAAGAAUCUAAAUGAAAAAUAGAAAUGAAGAUUAAUAAUCAGCCGUUGGAAUCAAACCUCUUGUUUUGAACCUGGAAUGUGCCAUUUGUAUUUUUCUCCAGCAGGUGGCAACAGUGAGUUGAGACGCUACUUAGAAACCCCUGCGUCAAUCAUGAAGAAGAAUCUUAGCAUCCACUGGCAGAUUGGAUAUCUAUGGAUUGGAUGAGUGAGAAUUUUCACCUGCACUCUCAUUAGCAGAGUUAUCUUUGCUUUGUUGUUUUAUGUGUCUUUCGAGCAACAAUGCCAACCUCUCGGUCGCUGAGAGAGAUUAUUCGGGCGCGUCUGACCGAUGCUGCUGAAGAAAUAUUCACAGAGUUUGAUAAAAUCAUCGUCAAGUAUGAAGAAGAGCUGGAUCGUCAGCGAAGACUUCUGGAAAUCAGCUGGAAACCUGAAAUAAACCUACAGAGGAUAGAAAGCCAACAGCAAAUUGUGCAAAGGGAGGAUAGACUUCAUCUUCACCAUUGUUUCUGCAACCAGCAAAGACUCAACCAAGAGGAACCAGGGCCUCCACAAUUAAAAUACCGACAAGAAACAGUCAAACCUCUCCAGAUUCAACUAAACAACGAAGAACUAGAUCCUGUGGGGGGAGAAGAAAACCCAGAUGAACGUGAAGCAAUACAGAUUGUCGAAUACCAGGUGGAACCAGCAUCACCCACGAUAACGGAUAAUCAAAAAGCAGCGCCUUGGGAGCUAAAAGAGGAUCAAGCGAAACUAGAAUUUCUGAAAAGAAGAGUGGAACAGGGGGUACCAGAAUCUACAGAGAUAAAGGAUGAACAGGAGGAACUCUGCAUCAAUCUAGAGGAAGAGCUUGAAAUCAAGCAGGAGAGUGAUACCUUUGUUAUAACUUAUGAGGAAAGAGGAACGGACGCAAACAGCAACAAGCUGCAUGAAAACCAGUAUAAUAAAAUAAUUGAUGCUGAGGGUUCAGGAUCAAAUGGCGAUGGGGGUAGAAGUGACAACGGAGACAACCUUAGACUAAAAGAACAGAAAAAUAAACACACAUCUUGUUCCUGUAAAGUUUGUGGAAAACGUUUAGCUCGUACUUAUUUAACUGAACACAUGAGAAUUCACACGGGAGAAAGGCUUUUCUUGUGCACAGUCUGUGGAAAAAGUUUUCGGCAACAAAGUCAUUUGACUGUUCACAACCGAAUUCACACAGGAGAAAAGCCUUUCCCCUGCGUGAUUUGUGGAAAAAGUUUUACCCUACUAAUGAUUUUAAAAAAACACAUAAGAACUCACACAGGUGAAAAACCUUUUUCCUGUCUGACCUGCGGUAAAAGUUUCAGGCAUAAUGGAACCUUAUCUCAGCACAUGAGAACUCACACUGGUGAGAAGCCUUUUCCCUGUUUAACUUGUGGAAAGCCAUUUAGUGAUAAGAGAAAUUUAUCUCGACACAUCAGAACUCACACAGAUGAGAGGCCUUUCUCAUGUCCGACUUGUGGAAAAAACUUUCGUCAAGGAGGUCAUUUGACUGUACAUAUGAGAACUCACAGUAAAGAAGAUGUAUUUGUGUGAAAUCUGCGGUGCGUGUUUCACUCAAAGUGUUGAUUUAACUGAUUACACAAAAACUCACUGAGGUAAGAAGGUGUAAGCUUGUUUCUCAGAAGGGGUAUUUCAUAAAGCCCUGCUAAGAAGUCUUUUGAUUAAAUCAGUUUAUUUCAUAGGCUCAGUCUCCCUUCAUUAGGUUGCAUUUUCCAUAUGCAAAGUAGAUGAUCUCCCUGUGUAUCAGGCAGUGGGUGUUUUCUCUAAAAGACACUAGUCUACUAAGUAAUCUAUAAAAUACCCAUACAUUUUUAUAAUGCAUGUUUAUGUGAUCUCUCUAUGUGGCAUGGUCCUGAUCCCCAUCUGGUUAUGGCCAGCUAGUUCUGCCUAUUUACUUGUAAGAUUCGUGCACUGAUAUAAACCAAGGGCGUAGGUUUGAUUUCAACUUUGGUAGGGACACCAUUGGUCUUCAGUUUCAUUGCUCUGAUGUCAUUGGUCCUAUGCAAAAAUAUGCAUGCUCUUUUUUAUGCUUAAUGUGAGCAUCAGGACACUUUUUGUUUUUUUGAAGAGAACAGCAGCAUUUCUUCCUACAUUAAUAUAAAUCUUAUAAGAGGGUUCCCGCGGGUUCUUAAAAAGUCUUAAAAGGCAUUGAAUUUGAUAGCGGAACCAAUAAAAGCGUUGUUGUUUUCCCGACAUUUGGGAGAUGCGCCAUUUACUUUUUGUCUGGAAAAUAUGAGCAAGUG